CAAUUCACAACACUUUCUCAUUCCUUUAGCAAAUUUCACUCUUUCCAUCACUUUUUCGUAAAAAACGCUAUCAUGGCCGGAGGAAAGUCCAAAAGCAAGGCAUCCAAGAAGAAGUCCGCCGCCGAGGCCACAAGCUCUGCGCCUCAACCCUUCCCGUACCUGGACGAAUCCUUCUUGGAGUUCGGGUCGGAAGAAGAACUCACACGCUUCAUCACCUACUUCGCCAAACGCCCGAUCUCUCCGCCUCGCGUGCUCCCGGAGCUGUACCCUCAACAAAAGGGGUACCACGACCUCGACAAUCAACUCAAAGAGUCGGGUCUGUGGCCGUUCGUCUCCAGAAGCCGUCAAUCCUUCAAUCCCGCCUAUGUUCGGGCCUUCUACUCCAAUCUCCGCCGGGACGGGGACACCAUCCGGAGCAGCAUCAAUCUCUAUGACAUAGAGUUUG